UCCCAAAACCUGCUUCCCCAUCGGCCAUCUCCCCCUUCUCUUUCCCACUCACCGACAACCUCAAUGACCUUAUCUCGAUCCACUACAUCGCUGGAUUCGUGAAGAUUGUGAAAUUGUUGCCGAUUCCAGCAAUAGAAUCGUUCGGCAAAAGAAUGAUCUAUUGAAGGAGGUAGCAGUCUGUACUGAUUAAUCGUACCUUCGCUUAUCUUUGCACGGAGGUUACUAAACCGAAUCGCAGCUUCUUGUAAUCGAACGUUUUUGUUUCAAUUUUUAGUAUUGACAAUAGCAGCUGGUUAUUUGGAAUAUCAAUUCUCUGUAUGCUAGUGUAGGAACAAAUUAGCAUUCGAUUGGUUUUCUUGGAGAUGUGUUGUAUAUUUUUUUAUGAUGUUCGAUUCAAGUUUUUGUAGCUCUGUUGAAUGACUUGGAGGUUUCCGCAGUCUUUUAGUUCGUUACGGAGAAACUAAAAGUGAUAUGCAGUCUACAAUGGAGACGAACUGCCAGACAAAUGGAAAUAGCGAAAAUGCUAUCCAUCUUUACGAUGAUACCAACAAAAAUUAUGUUGGGCAUGCCCAGCCUGCAUAUGUGAGUGGUUGGAUGUACGUCAAUGAACAAGGACAAAUGUGUGGCCCAUAUAUACAGGAGCAACUGUGUGAAGGUCUUUCCACUAGCUUCUUGCCAGAGGACCUUCCUGUGUACCCCAUCUUGCAAGGAAGCUUAGUCAAUCCAGUGCCCUUAAAGUAUUUCCGGCAAUUUCCUGAUCAUGUUGCAACAGGCUUCGUUUAUUUAAGUCUUCCGGCAUCUAAUAUCAAGGAAAAUUCUGAUAAAUAUCCUCCUGAGAACAUGGAUGCUAAGAAAGAAGAAAUUCAUACAGAUGCAGUUAAUACAUCGCAGUCUGAAUUACAUCAUGGUGGUGGUUACAAUGCUUCUACCUCAACCCAGCAGAUACAGAAAUCUGGAGCAGCUAACUCAAUUUUAUCAUAUCCGUCACCGUCAGGUGAAGAAUCAUGCUGGCUUUUUGAAGAUGAUCAGGGAAAGAAACAUGGUCCACAUUCUCUUUUAGAGCUUUAUUCUUGGCAUCAUUAUGGAUAUCUCCAUGGUUCAGUGAUGGUACAUCAUUUUGAGAGUAAAGUUAAGCCCUCACUUUUGCAAUCUAUUAUAAACUCCUGGGUAACCACUGGAGGUGAAAGCGUCUCUAUAACUCAUUCUAAAUACAACGACACUGACUUUUUAACGGGUUUCGUGUAUGAUAUUUCGGAAGAGGUCUGCUCCCAGUUGCAUUCUGGAAUUAUGAAAGCGACGAGAAAGGUUGUGUUGGAUGAAAUAAUAAGUCAUAUAAUAACGGAGUGUGUGAUUGCAAAGAAAGCUGACAGACAUCUCAAGCAUGAAGAGCCCAAGCAGAUAAUCAAAACCUGCCAAUUGGAUGGCAGAAUGGAAUUGGAGGACUCAUCUGGGGGUGAAGUAAUGGUGGUAUCUCAUAAUGUUUGCAACCAAAAGCCCCCUUCAAAUUCUGUGGAAUCUCUUGGAUGCAAGAAAUCUGUUGGAAGCUUGGAGAACUUUCAUGGAGCAUACAUUGAUUUUUGCAGAAAGCUCUUUGACUCCUGCAUGCAAGUCAUCUGGAAUGCCGUGCUCUAUGAUUCAGUGGCAGAUAAAAUAUCUCGCUGGAGGAAUGAGAAUCUGUGGACCAGCCAUGAUGCUGCUGUUGAACAUCACAUUUCAUCCAAUGAUUGUCAUGAGCUGACUGAGAUGUUACCUGUUGAAGAUCUCGAACAAGAAUCUUCAUCUUCUAAGAAUGAUUAUCCCCCUGGGUUUGAAGUGUCUGCAAUGCAGCCUUUUCCUAAGCCUUCUGCAUCUCCAUCAUCAUCAUGUCAUGAAGAAGUUGUUUCUAAAGGUGAUUGUUUGAGGGACGAUGGAAGUUGUUAUGACUUGGCACAAAUAAUGGAAGGUGUAGAAAGUGAUAUCCAUUUAUCUGCGAGGAGGUCUUUGCUUAAGUAUAUUGAACACCUUGUCGAUGAGGAAGUGGGGAAAGUUGUUAUGACUAAAAGAAAAGUUCAAAUGAAGGAGGUUACUGUUGGCUCGCAAGUUCUGCGUGGUCGUACAAGUCGGUGUGGUUACCCUAAAGAGCCUCAUGAUUUGAGGAUAUAUCAAUUUAAUGUUUCUAAUAAUUCAUCACAAACAAAGUCAUCUCAGCAAAAUAUGUGUGGAUCUGGGAUGUCUUCAUCUAGUUGGUUUGCAAAUGCUUUCAUUAAAGUAUACGCACAUGAGGAUAUUGUGCAAAAUAAACAUGACCUGCAAUCUAUCGUGUCUAAGGAGAAUUCUAGAACUGUUCUUCAGCAAGUCUGUCAGUUUCGCCCCCCCAGGUCAAUUGAAUCCGUUCCUAAGAUUGGGGUCUAUUCUAUCUUGGCAAUGUGGCGACAGAAGUUGCAUGAUAUUGUGCUUAGGGAGUGGUUAUCCAUAUUUGUCAAUGAUGCUGUUGAUAAACAUAAUAAAUCAGUGCAUUCUUCUAAGAAGCACAGUAACGUUGAUACAACUGUGGGGGCAGCAAGUAAAAGAAAGAAGAAGGCUGUAGAGUCCCAUUCUGCAUUUGACAAAUACAGGGAGCAAUCAAGGAAUGCUCAAAGCUCAGGACCUUCUGAAGCAUCUGUUGGCAAUGGAAAUUAUACUUAUUGCCGUACAAGGAAGUCAACGAAAAGAAAGUUCACAUCUUUAUCUGGGCAACUUAAAGAUGGAGAUAUUGGAUCAAACGGGCAAUUAGUUGAGACUUCGAGGAGUCAGGAUCCAUCUGGACUAGUAAGUGUGAAUAAGGUUGUCGAAUCUAUGAUUGAAUAUGUUGAUGAAGAUGCAGUAAAUUAUCGUGCAACCAAGCAAUUCCGUGAUCCCAAUUCUCAUGGAGUUCAAUCAUCAUCCAUUAGUAUCACAUGUCAGAAAUCUGUCAAGGUUUCUACUGUAUCCCAAGAUGACACAAGUGUUGUUCGUGUAAAUUCUAGCAAAGAGAAUGCUCUGCAUCUCACUGGAAAUGCUUGUGAUGUUCAGAAGGUUGCUAGUGGUAUAGGCAGUGAUCUUGGAGGCCAGGAAGUCCCUGCUGGUAAUUCGUCCAAGAAUGUUGCAAGAUGCAAAUCGCUUAAAGUGGGAAAAUUAAAAAGGAAGUGCUCUGCAGAUGAUAUUCCAGAACAAUGCUCUGUGAAAGUUCCCAAACUAGCUAUUGGCGUUGCCAAGAAAGCAAGUUGUAAUCAAGCGGCAGUGCAGAAGAUCCAAAAUAGCAAGUCCAAAAAGUCAAAAACCUUCCCCAUAUCUAAAGGAUGUGCUCGUUCUUCAAUCAAUGGAUGGCAAUGGCGUAGGUGGUCAUUACACGCAAGUCCUGCUGAAAGGGCUCGUAUACGAGGAACUCACAUCAUUGAUGCAAAAAGUAUUGGUCCAGAGACCAAUGUAUUUCAUCUUACAAAUGUUAAGGGAUUAUCUGCUAGAACAAACAGGGUGAAGUUGCGAAGCCUUCUUGCUGCUGCAGAUGGUGCUGACCUUUUAAAAGCUACUCAGCUAAAGGCAAGGAAAAAACGUUUACGCUUUCAACGAAGCAAGAUACAUGAUUGGGGUCUUGUUGCACUCGAGCCAAUUGAAGCGGAAGAUUUUGUUAUUGAAUAUGUUGGGGAACUAAUUCGCCCUCGUAUUUCUGAUAUCCGUGAACGGCAUUAUGAGAGGAUGGGAAUCGGUAGCAGUUAUCUUUUUAGAUUAGAUGAUGGUUAUGUGGUUGAUGCUACAAAGCGUGGCGGAAUUGCUAGAUUCAUAAACCAUUCAUGCGAGCCUAAUUGUUAUACUAAGGUUAUCAGCGUCGAUGGUCAGAAAAAGAUAUUUAUUUAUGCAAAAAGGCAGAUAGUUACAGGAGAAGAAAUUACUUACAAUUACAAGUUCCCAUUGGAAGAGAAAAAGAUACCCUGCAACUGUGGCUCUAGGAGAUGCCGUGGAUCAAUGAAUUAAGAAGCUACAAGGACAUAUCAUGGACUACAUCUCGAUAUGUUCUCUUCAGUGACCAGUGUGUAGAAUAGAGACAUUCUUUUCAUGGGGUUUUCACGGACACAUUUACUCUACAUUUUGGGGUAGAGGAUUUGUUAAAUCUUUUGGUGGGCUGCAUCAGGAAAUUGUGAUAUUUUCAGCAGCUCAUGAUUCUGUCAUUCUUCGAAGACGCUGGACGACCAAUUCAUGUGCAUAUUCUUGUAGCUUAUCUCAGUUGCAGAUGAGUUUCUCCCCUUAAAUUCUGUAAAUCAGUCAUUCAUUGGUCAAUUUUUUGUUUAUAAUUACUUUAAAAUCGUUGUACAGACAGACAUGCCCCAAAAUUUUGACUCGUUGACCAUCAAUACAGAAUAUAAUUUCAUUAGAUGAUUCAACACUAUCCCUCAUUGUUUUCUUUGUAUGGGAGUGAUAACAUGUAUAACUAGCUCUUUUGUUGCCCAAUGCAAUUUGCAAACUUAGUUAUAUUCUCAAACUAAAAUACUAGCGUUUCCCUAAUUUGAUUGCACAUCCUUUUCGGUUUAUUUAGGUGAAUGACCUUUUGACAUAUUUUUUCUUCUUCUUAUUACACGACUUUCUGAAUGGUUUUGAAGCAUUCUUGUGUUAAGAGCUGAUCUUAACAAUGUAGAAAGCUCAUGCAUCUAAAAAUAAAAAAGUUAUAUCCUCAAUACCUCCUUUUUCACCCAAAUGGGCACUAAAAACUUGACGUGUUCUGGAGUUGGCUUAAUCUUAACUAAUUCAACCCUAUCUCCGGGUGGAAUAUACCGAGUUUGUUUGUUUUUAAAGGGGAAAUAUAUUAGGGAAUGAAAAUGGAAAUAAUUAGUAUUGGUUGGUUUCACAUAAUGGAAUGAACACAUUCCUCAACAAAUUUGGUCAUUUUCAUUCCUUGAACGCUCUACAAGUGUAAUAAAAUCUCUUGGUUAUUUUGCAUCGAUUUAAGAGUCUUUAGGCUCUUUUUUUUGGUUAGGAGAAGCUUGUUUUUAGUAAAUGGAACUGCAGAUCGAGUGAUUUUGUUAUACAAGAACACAGCUAAGUUUUCUGGACCUCAUAUAUAUGUAUGUGUAUAUGGCUGCUAGCAUUAUCACCAAAUUCUUAUUGCAUGAGAGAAUUAUGAAUGUAAUGUGAUAGUAAUUCGUAGUUUUCUUUUUUUCUUUCUUCGAUUGCUCUAGGCGCAGGCAUAAGUCGAUGGGUAAUAUUGGUUUCAACCACCGGGGCUAAUCAUGGUGUUUUACGACCGUCUGUCGAAGAACCGGCAAGCUUGGUUUGAAAAACCUAUCGGAUCUGACCUUAGUUCAAAUGGAAGAGUAGAAGAUUACUUCGGUUGUCGGUUCGAGUCCGGCAGGUCGGUUUCAUUUCAUCUUAUAUCAUUUCAUUCAAUUAUUCCUUUUUAUUUCACAAGCUUAAUCCCAAACUAGUUAAUUCCACUCUUUGCUCUUGUUAAACUUAAACUCUAGCUUGUCAUCUAAAAGUGACCUUUAUGGACUACUAGGGCCGUUUGGUUUGUUGGAUUUUCGCUCCCAUUUCGUGUCUAGUUUAAAGGAAAGCCUGGAAUUAAAAUCCCAAAAAACAUUGGGUUUAGAAAUUCCAUGGGGUAGUUGGUAUUUUACGAGAUUUUAUAUGUUUUCUUUUUGUAAUAAUGUUUUCAAAUACGUUAAAAGUAGUUGUUUUGUAAUAAUCAAUCAAUAAAAGGUAAUUUAAUUAUUUUUAUAAUUCUUUGUUAUUUGUUUUUUAUAAAUUAUAAUUCAAUUCAAUUCCAUUCUAUUUCAGAUCUUAUAAACCAAACACAUCAAAGAUUUCAAAUCUUCCCACGAAACUCGAAUCCCUCAAAAAUUUCCGUCAAACCGAACAGUCUCUUAUUUUAGAGAUGCAAAAAUCUAAAAACUCCAUUAAAUUGAUUUUGUGAAGUACCAUGGAGAUAGUUUCUUAUAGGUGUUAUUAACUCAUUAGAGUUGAUAGUCUAGAACUUGUUUGUUUUGAUGGAGGGAUGCUUUGAACGGGGUAGAUUUAGGCUUAGGCUAGGGGGUGUCUGUGCACCUUUUUUAUCGUUUCGAUUGUAAUGGGAAAAAAGUAGGGUCUUAAAAGGAUAUACCACCUCUAAUUUGAUGUGUGCUUCUUAGCCUAUCGACAGUGUCAUUGCAUUUGGUGUUAUAGGUUGCAAGUUCAAGUUUCUUCCAACUCUGAUUUUAUUUUUUGGUAACAUUAGCAAAAAAGAAGAAAAAACCACUUGUAUGCCAUAUUGAAUGAAACCGUUCAUAAUUGAUUUUUGUUUUAUUUUCGUACUAUGUUGAUUAGUUUGUGCCCCUUCUCGGAAUUUUUUUUCAUCCGCCUCUGCCUUGUGUGUGGGCGAGUCGGGUAAAACAUGUCAUGGUAAAUGCUUCUCCAUAACCUAUGUGUUGGUAGUACUUGUGUAAUGUUUAACGAAACCAAAGGCCUUUCGGUUUGCAUGUUGCAUCUAAUCCAAUUGAUUAGAAGAAAGACAUUGAAGCAAUGACAAGCCAGGAUCUACACAGAAACAACUCUACCCCCUGGGUAGAGGUAAUGUUUGCGUACAUACUAUCCUUUCAAACCCUACCAUUGUGUAGGAUGUACCGGUUAAGUGGUUCAUUUGGUUUGGUUUGGUUUUAUAUUGAAGAAAUGGGCUAUGCAAAGCCAAACAAUCUUGUUGCACAAGAAGCGCUUGAGAGCUUGGAAUGAGCUUGUCGGUAUAUGUGUUGUGCAACGGCGGUGCUAUCAA